CCCGCAGCAGCGUCUCGGAUACCAGAGCGCGGGCCGCGCGGAGGCCCAAAGCGAGGCUGCCCAAAGCGAGGCUGCCCCAGCGCCGCACCAUGGACUCGCGCCCCGAGGAGUAUGAGCUCAACGGCGACCUGCGCCCGGGCUCGCCCGGCUCCCCGGACGCCUCGCCACCCCGCUGGGGCAGGAACCGGCCCAUCAACAUGAACCAUUACGCCAACAAGAAGAGUGCGGCCGAGAGCAUGCUGGACAUCGCGCUGCUGAUGGCCAACGCCUCCCAGCUGAAGGCUGUGGUGGAACAGGGCCCCGGCUUCGCCUUCUUCAUCCCCCUGGUGGUCCUCAUCUCCAUCUCCCUGGUGCUGCAGAUUGGCGUGGGCGUGCUUCUCAUCUUCCUCGUCAGGUACGACCUCAACAACCCCGCCAAGCACGCCAAGCUGGACUUCCUCAACAACCUGGCCACUGGCCUGGUCUUCAUCAUCGUCGUUGUCAAUAUUUUCAUCACUGCCUUCGGUGUCCAGAAGCCCACGGGGGACGUGGCGCCCCAGCAGUAGGGGCUCAGGUGUCCCUGGAUCGUGCCUGGCCGCAGCUGCCUAGACCCAGGAGGCACCUCGCCCCCUGAGGCCCACCUUCCUGUGCACGGCAUUCUCCCAAACCGCCACAGCCUGGGCUGGCCCUACUGGACGGCAUCCAGGCCAGCCGCGCGCUCAGGCUGCUCUGGGCAGCACGGACCUGCUCCACCCUCGGCUGCGCCUCCUCCCGGAGCGAGGAGCGGCCAAGGCCCAGAAGGUGGAACUGGAGAACCCCCAGCAAGGGUCAUCGCUGCUGUGGGCGUGCAGCAGGCCCAAGGGUUGGGGGCAAGGGGCUGGUGCCGGCCCAGGACGUUUCCAGAGGGAUGAGGCGAUGCCCGCCCUUGCCAGUGCAGCAGUGUCCUGGCCUUGCCUGCCGCCCACCCUGGGCGAGCCGUGACCUCUGUGCUUCCUGACGCAGGACUGUAGACCACCAGCGUCCCCGUGGGCCCCUCACUGUGGCCACUGACUCAGGCCUCACACCCUCCACCAGCAGGGACUGGGCAGGGCCCUAGCCCCUCCUUGGGGGUCUGAGCCCCCACUUUUCUAAGUACAAGUAACCAUUAAAGCUGAUGCACCUC